CAAAUGCGGUCGAGUGUUGACAGCUAAAUAACCUGUCUAAGACUGACUUUUUAAAGUAUACUCUUUGUUUUACAUGCACUCUUAUUUACUUAUGUGCUUUGUCAUUAAAAUAUUGUUUUAAAAGCCAUUGUGCCAGUUUUACACUCUAGGCAGUAGGUGGCGGUAAUUCACCUUAGUGUUGGUUUAACAAUUGCCAAUAAAAUAUCAAAGAGGAAGAAGACUCGCAAGGCAAGAACGAAGUAGAAUCACUUUAUUGAAGACGUGACGGACGUAACUGCCGAUAAAUAACAUUUCGACAUGGAGACAAUAGUAGAAAAGCUGGAGGUCAUGUUCUCCAAGUCGGAAGCUCAGUUGGACUACAUUGAGAACCGCCUCAAGCUGGAGCUCAUCAACCACACAGCAGAGAAUGGAUGUUUCUCAGAGGAGAACCCCGUCAUGAUGCUGGACAGACUGAGAGCCGUUAAAGCCAAGCACAAAGUUUUGUUCUCCCAGAUGUCAGAGAUUGCAGCUGCACAAAAUGAGUGCAUGUUCUCCAUCAGAAACAAAGUCAACGGUGUCAUGGCGCUGAUGCAACACUUUCAACAGACCGGCGUGGAGGUUCCCUGCCUGAUUGAGUCAGUGCUGAAGUUGGAAGAACUCUCCAAUAAUCGUGUUGGAGAGACCCUUGCUAAGGACUGAUCACGCCUGUGGUGCGUAAUCGCCACAGCAGCAGACUGUUUCCGUUUUUAUUCACGUCAACGUGUCCUUUUCCACAGCCUGUGUGACUUUCUUCACUUGUUGAAGAUGAAGCGCAACACCAAGCCAACAGACCAACAGCACCUGUGCAAACAGAAAAGACUGCACCUUCACACAUAAUGUAAACGUUGACAGGACUAAGCAGGGGCCACAGUUAAUAAGGCAAAGGGAUCCAUUCUUUCUCCAAUGUGGGCCGCAAACUAACACAAUAAACCUGGAGAAUGCGAGAGCCAUGUUAUAUAUUUAUAUUUGUCACUUUGGUUUAUUGAAAAUACUAUGAAAUAUGUAUCUCUAUACUAAUAAGAUACACUGUUUAGUAUAUUUAGAGGAACCCUAUCAUGCUCAUUGAGGCGUUUUUAAAAUGAUGUUGGAUCUCAGUGGGUCCCUGUUGUAAAUUUAUUUUUAAUAAAAUUGUCCAUAAAUCUCAA